GUACAACUAGAACUUGUUGGACGUUAUAUAUCAUUUUUAGUUGCGAAAAAAAAUUGAAUUUGUGUCAAAAUGGCGGGCUUGGGCGGGAGAGCGGGCGGCACUAGAGAGACGCAAAUGAGAGCAAACGGGACGUAGCUCGUAGGGUGCCCACCUUUUACCCCUUUGAUAUAAAAGCCUUCUUGGUCCUACAAGAAGUCAUCGAUUUGUCGAGCUUGUUCUCCUUCUCUCCAAAACCAAAUGUUUAUCCAAAAAUCAUCGAUGACCUCCUCGUUCUAUUUUACUCUCACAAUUUCAAAUUUCCUAUACUAGUAGUCGUUCAAGAGGAGUAUAUUUAGAGACACUUAUGUUGUUUCUGAAUAUUGAGCAACGGGACGAAGGAGAAGGUGUAGCAGAAAAGUUCGUCCCGGGGCCUAGCAAGAUGUCCACCGCUAUCGGCGCCAGCCUGAAUCCGAGCCCACUAGAUGGCUCGAUAUUGGGCAGUUCCCUUCUCGGGGGGUCGGCGACCUCCCACGGAACAUUAUGACGUGGUCAUGAAAAAAUUAUAUCUAAACGAAGUAGUAGAUGUACAAGUAGUAGUAGAGCCAUCUAAUUGAAAAGGUAAAAGAGCAUCUUGGUCAUUUUUUUUAGAGGUCCAAGAUGCUCUUCAAGAAAAAGAUAGAUCUUGGAAUAAAUCUCUAACAACAGCGGCGUUCAAGAUUCUGUCGGUGUCAGAACCAAAGCCGAUUGACCGCAAACCAGGAGACGACUUAGUGCACACGGAGCAUGAGACAAGGGAGGUUUUCUUACUACUUACUAAUUUGUGGAACUUACUUUUACUUGAUGUAGCUUUGGAUGCUUGUUGAUAUUUGAAUUUUGAAUUAUGAUGUCCGUGUCCGGUGCCGUGGUGAAACGGAAUAUGAUUUAUCGUCGUCAUUUCUUAGUCUCUUCUACAACUCACUUUUAUCGUCAUUUCUUCAUCUUACCCCUCUAGCGCGUUCGUUAAGAUUACGCCUGACAGUAGCAGGGGUUAAUCCGUUAGGUUUGCUUCGAUCUAGAGUCUCAUCAUUUCUUCAUCUUCUUGUAUACACAUCGCACAAUCUUCUUGUAUACCCCAUGUUCAUCUUGAUUGGGUACACUACUACUACCAAUACUACUACUACUACUAUCCAAGAUUCAAGUGAUGGAAGACCGGGUGAUCGAGGUCCCGAAGGAGACAAUAGUGGAGAAGAUCGUCGAAAUACCUGAAAUCAGGACGGUUGAAAAAAUUGUUGAGGAGAUUAUUGAGGUGCCGAAAAUCGUCUACGAUGAACUAAUCAUCGAAAAACGAGUCGAAAAAGUGGUCGAAGUGGAGAAAAUAGUACCACAAAAAGAUUAAAUUAAUGACAUUACCUUAAUAAUAUUCAUCACCGUUUUUGUAGUCGUACGUCUGCGUGAAUAUUUUCUUUGCAACAGUUAAUCACUAGGGUGUCAGUGUCUUCAAUAAGAUGAGUACCAGCAUCGUUCUUCCUUCUGAGAACAACUGAUGACUUGCUUCACUUUAGAACAUACACCUAAUUGUACUUGUACUUGUACUUGAAUGUAACUCUCCAAAUACCAGGUUGAAGUUCCGCAGAUCCAUCGACGAAUUAUCUCUCGACCUGUCGAAAAAAUCGAAGAAGAGAUUAUAGAGGUUCCCAGAAUCCGCUAUGAAGAGGAAAUCGUUGAAGUGCCACAACAGCGCUCCAUUAUGGUCCCGAAGUACGUGGAGGUAAGCAAGAUAGUGUUGCUUAUACUGGAUAGUAUAUUUCAGACUGUAUUCUAUACUUACUAACUUGAAUAAGUUUAAGUACUUCAACAUGUUGAUGCUACUUUGUGGUGGUGGUAGUACUAGCCACGGUUGUAAUUUUCUAAGAAUUUUUGUUGAACUUUUCCAGAUUCCCAAUGUUGUCGAGAAAAUAGUGGAGAAGCCAGUAGAAGUGAUAGAGGAGGAAGUAGUUGAAGUGCCAAAUAUCACCUAUGAAGAGGAAAUCGUGGAACGAAAAGUUGCGGGAAAAAUACAAUUCGAGACAACGUAUGUGGACAAACCCAUAGUGCAAAAAAGGCAGAAGCGCGUAUUAUAUUUCUAGCUUUUGACUCGCUUCUCCUUUGAUGUUCUCUGUCUUCAGUUUCUUUGCACUGAGCAUUAGGCUGAGUAGAGUCUAAAAGCUUUAUCACAUAAAACACUAGAGUACUCGCCUUUUUCCGUGAAGCUACAGCAAAUAAUAAGAAUAAGAAUCAAUAAGAAUCCUUUUCAUCCUUACAUCUUUAGUUGUAAACACUCCCACUUUAGAUCCCAGUCGAGAAGGUGGUGGAGAAGGUUAUUGAGAAGCCGAUAGUCACGGUACAUGAGGAGAUAGUGGAACGACCAGUGGAGACCACUGAAAUCAAGCCCAUAUACGUGGAAAAGAUUCACGAACGGAUACAGCAAAUUCCACGCGUCGUCUAUGAGGAGGAAAUCGUCGAAGUUCCAAGGGUAACAUUCGAAGAGGAAAUCAUUGAGCGGGAAGUCCCGCAAGUGACAUUAUGGCAUCAGCAUCUGGCUCACCAUGGGAGAAAAAGUUUCUUUCUGCACACUCACAAUACCUACUUUUAUAUAUACAUAGACAUGUUAGAUGCUCCUGAGAUGAAAGAAAGUAUUGAUAGACGAACUUGUAUCUUCGUUUUCUUAGGAAGAACCUGUCGUUCUACUUGCUCCAUGACCUACCACCUUGACCUAGUUUCAUUGUCGACCCUCCAGAAAUACGUCGAAGUUCCACAGAUUCAAGAGCGAAUCAAGCACGUUACGAAAGAAGUCAUCGAGGAGGAAAUCAUCGAAGUGCCGAAGGUACCGAAGAAGUUUUUGUGAGUUGCAUUAGCUGUUUUUGUACGCGACGUUUUUAAGCUAGCAUAAUUCUUUCAUCUGAAGUUCGGCUCUCAGAAAUUCCACCGUCGUGGGAUCAUACAGAGACUUGAUCUACUUUACUUCAAGACCACAAACCCCGACUCAGAUCCAGACCGUCGAGCGCCUGCUUCAGCGUGAGGUGGAACAGGAGAUCGAAAUCCCGAAAUAUGUGGAGGUCGGUAAGAAGCACGUCCACCACCACAAGCACGUUGUCGAGAAGCGACAGAAAACCGUGGAACUGGUCAGGGAGAAAAUCAUUGAAAAAAUCGUAGAGAAGAAGAAGCCUCUGAUCCAGGAAAAGAUCAUCCACGUACCGAAAUAUGUCGAGGUGGAGCAAAAAGUUACCGUAGAAAAGGUAGUCGAGGUGCCGCAUAUUACCGAAGUCGAAAAAAUCAUCGAAGUGCCAAAGGUACAACUAUUACAUUAUUACAACCAUGAUUGAUACUUAGUGUUAGGAUUCACUUCAUCUGGUUCAGUUUUUUCACCAGCACUAGUGCAAAUUCAAGUUGUUGUAUCAAACCAUGAAAAUUAUCUUUUUCCAAAAUGAGAACCCGGAUAAUAUUUUCCACUAUCACCAACAAACUUACUACAACUCCCACUUCAUCCAGGUGACUAUGGAGGAGGAAAUAGAGGAGUAUGAGGUAGUGCGCAAGGUGCAGAAGUUGGUGGAUGUUGAAAGGGUUGAAAAGAUACAGAAAUUUGUUCCCGUGGAAGCCACAAGAGAGGUGGAGCAAAUCAUCGAGGUUCCGGGAAGGCUCGAGUAUGUCGAGAAAGUCGUGGAAAAGCCGGUGGUCAGGAAGGUACUUGAAAGUACUACUACUACUAGCACUAGCAGACGCUUAUUUGAUGUAUUCAUAAUUUCCAUCCGUGCUUUAUUACAGUAGUUAAGUUACUACACAUGCCGAGCCCGAGGACAAAAACGCAGAGUAUCCUCUGAAAAAUGAGCAGAAGCAGCCUGGUCUUCAUUAUACCCUUCAGCGACCUCUUUUUCGCUCGUCUUCCGACUUUUUGACUUGCUCUCGACCUCCUUCUACCAAACAUUCAGGUCAAGAAGUACGUCGAAGUACCAGAGGUGCGCAAGGUGACAAAAUACGUCGAUGUACCAGAAGACAGGGUUAUUGCCAACGUGAUAGAGGUUCCCCGCAUUCAAUUCGAGGACGAAAUCGUUGAGGUACUACAAGUAUAUGCUAGGAUAUUAGUUGUUCUUCUCGUUCUUGCAAGUUGCAAAGGAAAUGCGUACUUCGAACGCUCCUCACUCAACUUCAAAUCUAUCUACUUUUUGCUACAGCCAUUCGAUUUCGAGGAAAGACAUCAUAUUUCCCUCACGAACGCACAACCAGGUCCCAGUGGAGAAGAUUGUGGAAAUUGUAAAGGAGGUGCCGGUCAUCGAAAAGCGACAGAAAUUUGUGGACGUCCCUACAGAGCGCAUAGUCGAAAAGAUUGUGGAAGUUCCGAAGUAUGUCGAUGUUGAGGUCGAUGCUCCCGUUGUUCAGAAGUUACGACAUAUCACUUUGAUGAACAUGCAGCUAGUAAUUGUACUUGUGUGCCUUUCAGAUUCAGUGUGUACGAUGAUGAGAUCCGAUCUUCUGUGUAGUAACUUUGUUAAUAGGGACGAGGUAAUCAUGCGACCGGCGUCCCCAAGCCCAUUAUAAACGUCAGCAGAUGUUGUUGAUGAUCGACCAUCUACAACGAGUCCAGCACCUCACUCAACUACCUCGUCCAGUACGUAUUCGUACUGUUCCUCUCUUCUAAUGAAAGUGAAGAAAUUCGUCGACGUCCACAAGGUGGAGAAGCGACAACGCUUCGUCGACAAGCACGUGCCGGUUACGGAAGAACAGGUGAUCGAAGUGCCCAAGAUCGAGUAUGUCGAUAAAAUCGUGGAAGUCCCGCAGAUCCGCAAGGUCACAAAGUACAUUUAUGACCGGCGCACUAUAUAUUUUUAUAGAUAUCCCAAGAAAGUGGAUGGGUCUACGCUACUACCUCUACUACUACUGCUACUACUGCUACUACUGCGACUACUGCGACUUCUACGACUCUGGCGACUCCUGCGACCUCUACGACUCUUACUACUCCCCCUAUACCCCUCCUAUACCCCUCCUAUACCCCUCCUACUCCCACUACUAACGUAACUCUCACUACUAACGUAACUCCCACUACUAACGUAACUCCCACUACUAACGUAACUCCCACUACUAACGUAACUCCCACCACUAACGUAACUCCCACUACUAACGUAACUCCCACUACUAACGUAACUCCCACUACUACCGUAACUCCCACUACUAACGUAACUCCCACUACUAAGUCCUACUACUAACUCCUACCACUAACUCCUACCACUAACUCCUACUACUAACUCCUACUGCAAAUUCCUACUACUAACUCCUUCUAGUUGUACUAAAUCCCACUACUACUACGCAAGACGGUUAAACUCGUCCGCUCAUGUUUCAUUAGGUGUUCGUGUUCAACAUUUUCCUUGAUGUUGAUCUUCACAUGAGGAGAUACAUAGUUUAGGCAUUUCAACAGCAUCUUCAUUUUCAGACGAUACUAGACUAUUGCAAAACCGCUCUUUAACCGCAUCCACUUCCACACCAUUCUUUCCUUUAUCUAAUCCCUUGAAGUCCCUGAGAUCCGUUACGUGGAUAAGGUCGUUGACGUGCCGAAAAUCGUCACCGUGGAGAAGAUCGUCGAAAUCACGCGUGACACACACGAACGCGUUGACGAGGCUCCGGAUGAGGUCGUUGUCGAAUUUGGACGCGAAGAAAUCCAUGCACCGGUCGAACGCGAACAAGUCCAAAUUGAAGUUAUGACUUUGUUGUGACUUGUACGUAGGUUUCGAGGAUGAAGUGACGGGUAAAAAAAAAGGUUUGCGAUCCUCAGAGGAGUCGAGGGCAGAUUUUAGUAGAAGAGGACGAGGUUAGGAUCAUGAUCAUGUUGACGGUGGAUGAGACGAGGAAGAGGAUGCGCGUGUACACUUAAAAAUUGCAGACCAACUCUCUGGACCUGGAGCCUAUCUCUCAUCUGAGAAUCAAUAAGCCAUUGAAUUUAGAUUGUAGAUGUACUCGCUACUUAUGCUUUCUUGCCGAAUUCUUCUAACCUGUGCGACUGCAUGGAUGAGAUAACGCAAUCCGUGGUCCACGAGUGGGAUAAAAGCGCGAUGCCUGAGGACAUGGCUAGCGUUCCCCUUCCGAGGCUGCCGCUUCCGUUCAACGAUCACUCGCACACCCAGAGCGGCGGCAUGGGCAUGGGAAGCAUGGGCGGCUUGAGCAUGAGCUUGACAGGUAAUAGUGAUUCUCGCGGAUGAGACAUGAAUCAAUAUGACGGUCUUGCUCAACAUCCUAUUCCGCUAUCUUCAUCAUUUUCGGCUAUGCGAAAAGUGUAGCGAGUAUGUUGUAAAAAGAACAACUAUUGUUAUCUUGUGAGCUCGACCGCAUAUUUCUUAGAGAAUGAUCUAUACCAUUUUUAUGGAAUACUAGGUACGAGCUUCGAUCCGUUGUUAAGCAGUGGCAUGCAGCAAGCGAGCAUGGUCGCACAGAAUUUGCGAUUUCGGCCCAUCAGCCUAGGCUUCCAGAUUGGAAUGCCGGGACAACAACAGUAAAUACGACUGAAAGCGAAAGGGAACUAAGAUGAUGAGACACAUACGGACGAGGAAUGAAGAUACUGGUUUAAGGAUAAGAUUUGAAGAGACCAUACUACAGCCCACCCAAAUUUCCCUGAACGACCACGCAGUGUAAAACAAAAACAUCCAUUUCUAUAUAAUCGGCAAAGCCCCGACUUCUGUAACUGCGGAUCUUCGCGUAUUUUUGAUGGUGGUAUGCCUAAGUAUUCUAAAGUCUGUGAGUGACUUAGAUCUAUAGUUGAGAUGAAAAACUGUUUUUUUGGUUAACGGCUAUCUACGAAAUAACAAACGAUGAACAAGGUAGCAGGUAUGCGGAUGUUCUAGUUGUAAUCAAUCUGAAUGUUUAUGCACUUGACCACUAUGAUUUCCUGAGGUUACAUUGCCGGUUGCAAUACUAACAAUAAUUGAUGAUGAAUUAUAUGAAAGGAUAAGUAGUUUGAGAUUUAAGUAUAACACGAAAAACAAAAACUACACGGAAAUUUAAAAUUAUCGCUGCAGCAGAAUUAUGCCUCCUCGAAUUAAACCAUGAGCCCGCUAAUGGUGAUGCACAGACCCACCAAAGCCGAGUAAGUGAGCUUCCGGGUGCAACAAAAAUUUCAUCAACAUUUUGGCUGUCUUAAUUCAACUUCAACAUACUUAGAAUGCACGAAUUGAGUCAUAUCCUUGAAUAAAGCUAUCCACAAGCCGUGCGACAACACUUUGAUGCUCACAAACACAAUAUUAGAUUUAGAAUAGAUUAUGAAUAUAUAUAUAAUAAGCUUUUUUCCAUUUCUCUCUGAAUCAAAAAAAAUAUCGUUUUCCAACAACUACGAGAACCAUUAAUUAGUGGUAAGAGAACAAGGUCCCACUUUUAGUUCGAAAAAUCUCGUCUUGCUAAACGAGCAGAAGCAAAAAACGCGAAUGCCGAAUGGUGCCCUUGUUCAUACCUGAGACGUGGAAAAACGAGUUUAUUAUGUUUUUUUCAAGAUGCACUGCUUCUCAUCCGAGUAGAAGAAGCUGCGGUGGUCGUCAUAAUAAGGCAAAAAUAUUCAUCGACGUCGACGCAUACGCAUAUUGAUACUGCAAGAUAAGGAAAAUAUUGUAAGAAUUAUGUUCAAUUCGUAGUUGGUGCUUGUUAUCUCGGAGUUUCAUUGGGAGGGAGGUUGUCUUUGCUCCUAGUACUUGCACACGCCAAAAAAUCACUGUUCAUUUAUUGUAGCUAUCAUUCUACUUUCUUAAUUCAAAUCAAGAGUUCGCUUGAUUGAGGAUAUGUCUUCCGUGUUACGUUCAUCUAAUGACUUGAUUCACAAUGCAUUACUUGCUUGUUUGUAGAAACGAUUGACCGUAGAACAAAAGAGAUUUAUUUUGAUUAUAUGUACUAGACAUAGACUUAGAUGAUGAUGUGAAGAUUGUUACUUUUUUGACCUCGAAGAUGAAGAUGAAGAUCGAUAGAGGCGACAACAAGAACCACUGUUUUGAUGAAGAGUCAGUCAUAACUUGUCUAUGACAAGAUCCUUCGGAAGGGGAGGUGCCGUCACUCGAGAGCCUGCCACGUGUCCGGGUAGCAUGUGGCAUUCCAAUUCUCAGAAAAACAUGCUUAAAAACUUAGGGACCGCUACUUAGAAUAAUAAUAUUAUCCUCCUAUUCCAACGAAGUCGAAGAUAAACAAUGUGUGAUGAAUAUGAAUGCUGGUGCCGCACCUUGAAAUCGCAAUUCAGGACAAGGCUGGGAACGCAUUUGCUAUAGCUAUGGCCCUCCGAAAAAUGAAAAAUAACAAUAUUGAUUCGAUAUGUGAAGAAAUUUGCAAAAAAAGUCGUCGCUCAUGCACGUCACUGGCGUAACAAAGCGCAUACAUCGGGUCUGGACAACUACAUCAUGCACUACGCUAUGUGAUCACGAC